UUUUUCCUGUUACAAUUUUCAUGUUAAAAACUCGGCUCGCUCAGAGAGAGAGAGAGAGAGAGAGAGAGAGAGUCCUUAAGCCUUGCAAGCCGCGAAGAAAGCGAACGACUUCUCUGAUUUCUUUCACACGCAAACACGUCCUGUUUAAAACUCAAACAUAAAGGAAGAAUCUUUUUUUUUUUUUUUAAUAAAGAGAUCUACAAUUUACAAAUGCCUCUCUCUCUCUAAAUCUUUCAUUUUUUUUUCCUAGUAGUUUAUUCUAUCUCCGUCCCUAUCUUCCUCGACGUGCACAAACUGUGUGUUUUGCUCAUACAAAACAGCUAUAUUUAUAUGUCAAAAUUUUGGAGUCUUUUUGAAGAAGGUGUUGAUCCAAGUUCAAAGGCUUGAUCAAUUGGUCGUUCGUUACUUUGUUCUGUUAUGUAUUGGGCGAGCAAGGAAACUUGGAAUGCAGAAUUUAUUGAUUGGAACCCAUGAUAAGGCUUGCUAAUGGGGUCCCUAAACAUGGAGAAGAAAUGGUUAUUUCCGCUCAUCAUAAGCUCUCUAAUAUGCAUAUUCCUUCUGGCCACUACCUUCAACAUGGGUCUUGUUUUCUCACUGCACACAAUUAAUUCGAUCUUUUCAAUUUUUCCGUCUCACUUGGCUACAAAUCAAAAGGGCCCUGUUUUUGCCGAAUCAAGAGUUUCACAAUCUCCACCCCCUCCUACCAGCCCAACGAUUCCUCGGUUUGCUUAUUUGGUUUCUGGGUCAAAAGGUGAUUUGGAAAAGCUUUGGAGAACUCUUCACGCACUUUACCAUCCACGAAACCAAUAUAUUGUUCAUUUGGAUCUUGAGGCGCCGGCAGAGGAGAGGUUGGAGCUAGCCUCCCGAGUGGAGAAAGAACCGAUUUUUGCUAAGGUUGGGAAUGUUUACAUGAUUACCAAAGCUAAUAUGGUCACUUAUAGAGGACCCACUAUGGUAGCUAAUACUCUUCAUGCUUGUGCCAUUCUUCUCAAAAGGAGUAAGGAUUGGGAUUGGUUUAUCAACCUCAGUGCUUCCGAUUAUCCUCUCGUGACGCAAGAUGAUCUUCUAUACACAUUUUCGCCUUUAGAUCGAAACCUGAAUUUCAUUGAGCACACGAGCCAGCUAGGAUGGAAGGAGGAUAAGCGUGCAAUGCCUUUGAUGAUAGACCCUGGCUUAUACUCGUCAACCAAAUCAGAUAUCUUCUGGGUCAAUCCCGGAAGAACUUUGCCAACGGCUUUUAAGUUAUUUACAGGUUCGGCAUGGAUGGUUCUGUCACGUUCAUUUGUAGAGUAUUGUGUCUGGGGUUGGGAUAAUUUACCAAGGACCCUUCUCAUGUACUACACAAAUUUCGUCUCCUCCCCUGAGGGAUACUUUCAGACUGUCAUAUGCAACGUGCCCGAGUUUGCUAAGACUGCAGUCAACCAUGACUUGCACUAUAUUUCUUGGGACAACCCCCCGAAACAACAUCCUCACACCCUUUCCCUUAUUGACACUGACAAGAUUAUUGGUAGCAGUGCGCCAUUUGCUCGAAAAUUCAAACAAGAUGACCCGGUGUUGGAUAAGAUUGAUAAGGAUUUACUAAGGCGGAAGAAUGGGAGCUUCACCCCUGGUGGUUGGUGCUCUGGCAGCUCCAAAUGUUCCAAAGUAGGGAACCCGAACAAGCUGAAACCAGGCCCAGGAGCUCAAAGGCUUCGCCGCCUCAUAGCUAGGCUUGUAUUGACGGCUAAUAUGGGCCAAAAUCAGUGUAAAUAGGAUUUUUUGGAACGUGAAAGAUUCUAAAGAGGAAACAAAUAAUAAUAAUUAGAAAGAUCCAUCUACAAGCCAAACGAAAGUAAAUGAAAAUUUCCACUGGGACGAAGAAUUUAAUGCUGUUGAUGCAGCCAAGACCUCAUUCUUGUUAGUCUUGAAGGCAUGUUAGCGUAGGUAUAAGCAUAGCAAUAAAUUGUUGCCAGGAUCAUUCAAAGUUGGCUCUUACUCAUUCUUCUUCUGUUAGCUUCUGAUUAGGUUGAACUGUUCACAUAUUUACUAUGAUUAUUUUUUCUGC